CGCCGCACUCGGGCUGUCAUGCCGUGCGGGCGGCAGGAGGGCGGCGCCGCCCCCGCGCGGUUCGUGCUGGGGGUGGACGUGGGCAGCACGGUGCUCAAGUGCCACGUCUACGACCGGGCGGCCGCCGUCAGGGGCUCCAGCUGCAGGAAGGUGGAAUCGCUUUAUCCCCGUCCUGGAUGGGUGGAAUUAGACCCUGAAGUGCUGUGGAGUCAGUUUGUUGGAGUGGUAAAAGACGCUGUACAAGCUGCAGGACUUCACAUGAGGCAAAUUGCUGGUCUUGGGAUCGCAACACAGAGAGCAACUUUUAUUACGUGGCACAAAAGGACAGGGAAACCUUUUCAUAAUUUCAUAAGUUGGCAAGACUUAAGAAGUGCUGAACUUGUGAAUUCCUGGAAUAAGUCACUUCUGCUGAAGGUAGUCCAUGUUAUUUUUACAGUGCUUCAUUUCCUGACUGGGAGUGAUCGAUAUUUGGCACCAAGUUUUCUUACUUUUUCAACACAACAAACUUCUAUGAAGUUGUCAUGGGUUUUUAAAAAUAUACAUGAGGCUGGAGAAGCUGCCAAAAAAAAUAACUGCUGCUUUGGAACAGUUGACACAUGGUUACUGUAUAGAUUGACUAAAGGUUCUGUGUAUGCUACAGAUUAUUCAAAUGCCAGUGCUACAGGUGUUUUUGAACCCUUUACGAAAUGUUGGAACCCCACUUUGUGUUAUUUACUUUCCAUUCCAAUGUCUAUUUAUCCACCAGUGAAAGACACAAGCUUCAACUUUGGAUCAACUGACUCUGAAAUAUUUGGGGUGCCUAUUCCAAUAAUGGCAUUGGUAGCUGACCAGCAAUCAGCCAUGUUUGGAGAAUGCUGCUUUCACCCAGGAGAUAUUAAACUGACAAUGGGAACAGGUGGUUUUUGGAAUGUGAAUACUGGAGAGCAUCUCUUUGCAUCACAGAGAGAACUGUAUCCACUGAUUGGUUGGAAGAUUGGGGAAGAAGUUGUUUACUUAACUGAAGGCUGUAUGUCAGACAUGGGCAGUGCCAUAAAAUGGGCUCAGGAUAUAAAUCUUUUCACCAAUGUAGAUGAAACAGCAAAAAUGGCACGGAGUAUUGUUGAUUCUCAAGGCGUUUGUUUUGUUCCAAGUUUUCAGAUGGAGACCUGGUGGUCAGAGAAACUAAAUUACUUGCCUGCAGUAAGUAACUCAGCCAGUGCCUACAGAGACGGAAACCGGUCCCAUAGCUUUUCUGCCACAUGCAGAGCCUUCAUUGAGGCAGUACUUCUAGGCACUGUUCUAAAGUAAGUAAUUUUGUUCUGCCUCUUUCCAAGAUGUAGGUUGCAAUUCAUUAGAAUACUUAAACAUACUUAAAUAUGCACAAGAUUGCAAGUUCUGGUGUUAUGACAAGCAAAGAUCGUGAUAUUUAGAUGCUUCUUUGAUACACAGAUUUUAAUCUGAGUUAGAUUUUUCCCUCUAAAAUAGGGUUUGUGUCUUGUUCCAGAGCACAGUGUGUAUAGUAAGGAGUUCCUGGCAUUUGUUCCCCACUUAAUUCCCCUCCAUUUCCCAGUAGCUUGCUUUUCAACUUCUUCUCUGAGUAACUUCCUACAGUUAUGUGAUCUCAUCUGGGUCAUAAGCUCUGGGUUCUUUCUACUUGCUUUCCAUUUAUGCUAGAGACUUCUGUAUCUCCAUGUGUGUCCUUGGUUCUUCUUGAAUUUCCUUACAGAUGUCAGUUACUGUCCCUGUGUAGAUGCACCAACAAGGGUGAUACUGAUGCUGCAAUUCAGUCUAGCAUAUUGACCUGCAUUGGAAUUUAUGGGAAUUCCAGUUAAUAUAUAACAUUAAAUGGCAAUUUGUGAUAGCUGGGGAGCUAACAUGCUGCUUGUUCAGCUACAAAGCAGUUGCUUCCACUUUGGUUGUUGUAGUUGAUAAUAAUAGUUUGUAAUUUGUCACCACAAAAUAUGGCAGAGCUACAAGUCAGAGCUCUUGGACAAACCACACAGAAUGAAAAUAAUGUUUUGCUAAUGUAGCUGUUGCUAGGUUAGGGGCUGUGCAGAGCCCCAGGAGCGUUUUGUCUGGCUGUGCCAGUUCCCUAAGAACAUGAGGUGAUGGCACUAAAAGCAGACUUUCAGCAGCAUAGAUGUUUUUACGUCAAAGAUUUGUCAACAUGAAAAUAGCUGUGUCUCCACCAAAGUUGGUUUUCCUAAUCACUGUUGUUGUCCAGGAGAAACUGUAGUGUAGCUGUGGUCUCCAUGUUGUCAUCUGGAAUACUGGCAUUAUGAACUGUGUUGGACAGGUGGACCAAGCAAGAUAAAGGAAAGCUGUUGCUGUGCUGUGGGGGUUGAGUAAUGUCUGCCACUAGCUAGUUCUUUGGUGUAUAGACAACAGAUGUUUUAACCUGUCUGGGGUCAAAAAGGUAUUAUGUUACUCAGAUAAAGAAAAGCAGUUAAAAUGAAAGUAGUAGUUUAAUUUUUGCUUAAAAAUAGAAGUCUUAGAUAGUAAUUUUUUAGUUUGAAUGCAUACAUUUUAGAACUAUGUGGAAUGUUUUUGACAGGUUAUACAUCUAUGUGGGUCUAAGAGUUUUCUGUGUUUUUUAAAUCUUCAUUGGUCUACCAUACUCAGUUUGAUAGUUUCCAGGACUAGUGUUUUUUUCUAAAGAAACCUAACAUCUUAAACUUUAUCAUUGUGUAAGUUCUGUAUGAACAAGGCAAAGAGAAAUUUCACUUCUUCUGCAGGUAGUCCAGCUAUCUUCUCUCAAACAGCCAACCUAAUAAUUGAGUUUUUUAUGAGUAUAAAGCUUGAUUAUGCUUCCAUUUAGCAUUUACUGUGAGUAAUUGUGCUGUGAGUAAGCAAAUGUUGAGCCAUGUCUAAAUUUCAGUAUUUGCAGGCAGGAAUCCUGAGGCAGACAAAUGUUAGUCUGAAUCUUUUUUGAACCCUUAAUUCUAUUAAUAUUGAAGUUCUAGGCAUGUUUUUUUUCAGUUUGGUUUUGUUUUGCUUUGUGGGUUUGUUCUCCCUCUUGCUUUCUUGACACUGUUUCCAGGAGGAACCCCAGCUACCUCAUGGGUAAACACUGAUUCAGUCUCUUUCCCUAAUUCCAAUAUUCCCAGUCCAAAUUUGGAAGCUGUACUUAGAAGACCAAAUGGAUUUCUCUUUUAACUGUGGCAUCUAGUUACCACUAAUUGUAUCCACCAGUGUGACUUUCUUUGCCUUCUAAAAUCCCUGCUUAUUUCAGUGGAACAUGCUUAGCUCGUACACUCACAGUAACAGAAUCUGUAUCAAUUUAGAAACUGAGUGGUUUAAAUGGUAUGCAAAUGGACAGGAACAGAGUUGAACACUUCUGGGACUGUAAAUGCUUAGCUUCACUACGUAGGUGCUAACACAAAUUGAUUUUAUAAUAAGGUUAUUUAGACUUGAAAAUGAUAGGGGUUGGGGAGGGUUCUUUUGGAGCCCGUGUGUUUAUUUCCUACAGGGUAAAAUGUUUCUCUACUCAUCCCUGUUAAGGCAAUAAGAGCCAAGUUUCUUUCUUGCUGGAUUCUACUGCUGUGAUGCAGCACACUGAGAGAAGCAUCAUUGUGAAAGUGGAUUUGAAAUUCAGUGAAUAUGUGCAUGAAUCAUGUUUCCACUUCUUCAUUCUGCUAGAAACAGCGGUUUCCAGGGUUAACUCAUUUUGGCCAGUAGUAACAGCAAAAACUCAGGACUCUUCAUUGGGAUGUGUGCAUAUAUAUAUACAUUGCUACUUUUUUUUAAUUAGUGAUUCUUUCAAGAUACUCACUGUUAUGUAUAAUCUGAGUCUAUACUUUUUAGUUUAUUAUCUUGUAGAUGAAAAUCCAUAAACUUGGAAGCCAUGGAUCUUUAUUGUGCUCAUGGGUUGGACAAGUGGUUCUAUUCUUAGAAUUGGAAGGGUACUUGUAUAUGGAAAACAAAAGAAUAUUUUACUGUAAUGCAGUUUCUUUUGUUUAGGAGCUUUUGCAAAAUGCCGGUUUUCCUUUUGGCCAUAUGUAUCUAUCCAUAGGUUUUGUUGAUUUAUUUUUUUUUUCUAACAUAUGUUAGUAUUAUCUUAAUUUAUUUAAUAUAAAUGUGUGUAUAUAUUUUAUACAUAUAAAAGUAAAAACUUCUGGUUAAGUGUUGUAAUUGAUAUUUAGUAGAGUACAACUGGAAAGAAUUUUACAAUGAAAAUAAGAUUUAACAUGGUUGCAAACCAGGUAUAGGCCAGUAAACUGGUAUUUUGUUAUAAAGUUAAUCAGAGGAGUGGAGGGGAAAUUCAUCAAUUGAUCCUCCAGCUCCCUGGGAAAAAAAGACAAUUUAGUGACCAUCAGAAUUUUAUUUGGACUCUGUUUCAGUGAAACUGAAAGCAGACUCUAGUAUAAACUCAUGUAUUACCAUGCUUUGCAUUGUUACUUUUAAAAUUAGUUCAUCUUUCAGCAGUUCAGGAGUGUUUUCUUUAAAAAAAAAAAAAAAAAAAGUGGUGUGCAUGUGAAAUCUUGCUUGAGAACAGCAUUAUCAGUGUGCCUUGUCCUAGACACUUCAGGUGUGCACUAAAUGUGUUUUAAAGACAAGUCAUACAGAUCAGCAUUAUUUAGUAUGUCAGAUUUGGAAGAAGUCGCUUUAACCUUUUUCCUGUUGAAAGAAGCUGCUUAAACUGUUCACUGAGUUAGCUAAAAUAAUACUACAUACCUCUUACAUAUUGUUUUCAAUUCUCUCCUCUUACAAUGCU